AUGGCGCACGGUGCGGAGGACUGCGCAGCGGUCUUGGAGCAAUUCGUACACGAUGUGGCCAACUUACCCGCCGAGAUCAACCACCUGAUGGAAGAAAUCCAAGCGAAGGAUAAAAUCAUACAAGAAUGUCGCGCGACAAUCAACUCUCGAGACAGCAGUAUCCAGAAGUUCAUCAAGCUGAACGGCAGUCUGACGCCGAACCCGAAGGAGGAGCAGUACGGCCGGGCGAUUCUCCAAAACCUUGAAAAAUCCCAGCAACUACAGGACGAAAAGAUCCAGCUCAGCGAUAAAGCCUGCGUGCUACUGGAUCGCCAGAUCAAGAAACUCGACAUCAAAAUCCGCGACCUCGUCAACGAAGGCGUCCUCUCCAACGAUCCUCCCCUCCCCUCCCUCUUCAACAAUAAAGACCAGUACCGCGAUCCUCCCAAGAUCUUCUUCCCCGACUCCACCUCCGAAUCUCCCGCCUACAGCACCCCUCUCAACUCCACCUCCGGCAACGCAAACGUGAUCAUCGGCGCGACGCAACGGCUCAAUCAGUCUCUGGCCCGGAACGUCGGCGCAGCAGCCCUCACCUCGCAAGCUACCGCACGCAGCUCGGCCCCUGCUACUCCCGCCGGCGGGACUGGCCAUCUGCAACCGCGCCAGCGGGAGUCGUCCGCCGGCGCAGUCGAGAACAAACGGCGACGGUUGAACACACAACUCGGCACGCUCCCCGCAGCGUCGUCGAACCUGCGGCAGUCCUCUCUUGGGCCCGGAACACCCAAGGGCGGAACCCCGGCGUCGAGUCGCGCGGGCAGCGCAGGGCCGCGCACCAUCACGACCACCAAGAAAGCUUUGACGAAAAAGGUCGCGCCGCAUCAGCAACUAAAGAAGAUAAAGGCUUCUGGCGGGAAGCCGGGCAAGCGGUCGUCGAGUGCAAGCGGUCGCAUCAAGAUGACGGGCCCGAAGAAAUCGCCUUCUGCCGCGGGCGGCGAUGAAGACGAGGAUGACUCGAUGCUCAGCAGUGCUGAUGUCUCUGAUUCGGAGAACGCGAGUGACACUCGUCGCGGCGAUGACGAUAUGGAGGACGAGGAAGAGGACGAGGGCAAUGAGGAUACCAAGGUCUACUGCUUGACGCGGGAGCCGCCACGGGUCGAAAUACUCGCAGCUUUCCGGGCUCACCGCACCGCCGGGCGCACACAGCUUGAAGACCGGACAUUGGCCGCAGGGCGCCUCGGUCAUUCCGUUGCGCACGAGACGGUCGGUCUCGGCGUCGUCGCCAGCAGGUUUCCGCGCCUGCUGCGCCUUCACCUGGUCGGGGUUCUUGACGGACUUGUAACACUCGCCGUUGUUCAGGGCGACGAGCUUCUUGUCGUAGCAGAGCAUCUCGAGCAGCUGGACGAUGCUCUCCUCGCCGAGCCGCACAGCCGUGAGGCGACUCUCGUUCACGGCGGCCGUGAUCAUCGCCACAGUCGGGUAGCCCUGGUAGCCACGCGGGAAGGGCAGGUACUCCUUCUGGGGCGGGUCGGACUUCACAGCAACGCCGGCGCCGUCGGCGGUCGUCUUCAUGCGCUUUGCGCGGGCGCCGCCGCCGCCGCUGUCGGCAGAGACCUCGAACCAGCUCUUCCGACUCACGGUGUACUCGAUGUAGCCGGCGAUGCUGUUGAUGAAGUCCUCGUCGAGAAGGCCGUCGGUGAACCAGGCGCCGCCGGUGACGUCCUCGCUGGGGGCGAGCCCGGCCAGCAUGUACAUCUUGCGGGUGGGGAACUUGACAUUGUGGACGCUCUUAAUGUAGUUCUUGCCUUCGAGCGAUUUGAGACAGCGGUCGAGGAUGGACUUGUGCAGGUUGGUGCGGUUCUGGAUCAGCCGCACCCAGAUGCCGGAGCGGCCGGUCGAGUGGAUGACAUUGUAGACCAGGCUUUCGUCGGGGCUGAGGCUCUGCAGUCUGAUGCGAGGAGCGAGACGAUUAGCAAUUUCAUGGGACGUGGGAAAGAGACAUCAUGUCUCGUCUUCCCGCGAGAUGAUCUUCCAUGCGAGACGGUCAUUUUUGCCCUGGAGCAGUCGGAACAGUUUCUGGUCGACGAGUCGCUGGGUGCAUUGCAGCAGAAGCGCGACGUCGUUCUUUGGGAUCACGUUCAGUUUCAGCAGAUCCUGUUGGUAGAAGAGGUGGUCGGAAGGAAAGCCCUCAAGGCAUGCAUCGUAGAGCUGCGAGGCAAGCUCGUUCACUGA